AUGAAAAAUGUUAUUUAUUUAGUAGAACUCCUUUACCUAUUGAACUUUUUAGGCUCAAGUCACGGGGAAAAUGCACAAGGAAACACACAAAAAAAAAAGCCGGAGAAAUUAUGUUUUUUUGCACUAAAUUCAAAUUUAAAGGAAAAUAAAAAAGUGAAAUAUAAUAGAGAGAAAAAAAAAAGUUUGGAAAUUUUGAACUUUUUUAAUGAAAAAUGCUAUGUAAAAAAAACAAAUAACGCAAAUGAGGAAGAUGUUGAUGCAGAACAUUCAUCACAUAAUCCAUCGUUUAUUAGCCUAAAUGAUAAUGCUAAUGGAAAAAGUUUAUCAUACCAGGUUUAUAUAAAAGAAAGCGCACCACAUAAUUCUAUGAGAAAUAAUGGGAAAAAGGGAAAGGAAAAUGAGAAAAAUCAUAAUGCUGUAAAACACACUAUGCAAUAUCAAAGUAAGGAGGGAAAAUCUUUAGAGAAUAUCACAAGUUCCAUGGAUGAUUUAAAAGGGAAAUUAGAAAAUGAUAAUGAAUAUAACCCAGUUUUAUAUAUGGAGGUUGAUUAUACCGAAUUACAAUAUUUUAAGAAUGUUAUAGAUUUUAUUCCACGCAACACGCCAUACUAUAUAUUAUAUGAAAAAGAGCUUAGUAAUCAUAUUACAGAAUAUUCAGAUAAAUUAUUAAAGUUAAUAAAAUCAUGUAUGUCUGAAAAAGAAAAAUUGAUAGUAGUGGAACAUGAGAUUGAAUAUGCUAAGAAGUCUACAGAAAAAGAGACACUAAGCCAAAAGGAAAGAGAACGUGAUGUUAUAUACAAGGAAUAUAAUAAACACAUAGAUUUAUAUAAAAAAGAUAUAAAACCUAAAGUAGCUGAAAUGAAAAAUAAAGCAUUGACGAAACUGAAUGAUUCCUAUUGUAAAGAUGAUUGUGCGAAUUAUGCAGAUAAGUACAAUACGCUCCGUAAGAAUUUUAUAAUAGAAACUAAAGAUUAUAUAUAUGAAACGUAUAUAUAUAUUUCAAAAGUUAUUAAUGAUUUUUCAGUUUUGAAUAAUAUAUUAUUUCUUUCUAACGAAGUCAAUAUAGAUAUACAUGAAAAAAUUAAGAAAUUGGAAUUGUUAGCAGAUGAAAUGGACGAACUUUCACAUUUAUAUUCCAUCAACACUGCCCUUAUAAAUGGUGCAGUUAGCAAUUUAGAAUCUAUAAAGGAAAGUAAAUCCUCGGAAAUAGAUAUCAAAAACUUUGCAGAAAAUUAUAAAUUACUAUCCAAUAAGUAUUGUGUAUUUAAAUACAUAAAGGGAUUCAAUAAUCCAAUUAAAUAUACUUAUGAAGAAAAAAUAAUUAAAUUUAAUGAACUUUUUUCUAGUGUUAUAGAAAUAUUCGAAAAAAAGGCAGAUGAAUUAUUUGAUAAAACAUUUGAUGAUAAGGCGUGCAGUGAAAUUAAAGAAGAUUCAGGACAAAUAAGAGAAUAUUCUGUGAAACUAUGUGAAAAAAAUAAAAAGCUCCUUGAUGAAAUUAAGGAUGAUGAAGACAAAAGGGUAACUGUAAAAAUAAGGGAACUUCAGGAUAUAAUAAACGAUAUGGAAAUAAAGAAAAAUGAUAUAGUAAAUAAUUCUGAUUUUAUAUUUGAUAGACAUAAGAGCAUAUAUGAAACCACAAGAAAAACUUUUGAUGAAAAAUUAUUUAAUAUAAAGACUCUACCAAACGAUGCAUUAAAAGCAACUUUUUAUUUAGAACAAAUAAAAAAUAUAAAAAAUGAGGAAAAAAACAUAGAGGAGCGCUUAAAAUCAGUAAAAAAUUUUUAUGAAAGUAUAAAAACAGCAAAAAGCAAAUUGGAUGAGCUGAACAUAAGGUUUGAAAACAUACUCAAAGAAAUAAGUCAAUCAAAGGAAUUGGAAUCUACCCGUAGGAAAAAUAUAGAAGAGUUUAAAGAAAUACUAGAUAAAAUGGUUAAAAAAGUACAUUAUCUAAAGGAAGUUCUAUCCUUAAAAAGGAAGUUAAACGUACAUUUAACAGACAUGAAUGAAUUACUCAACACAGUAUCUUAUAACAAUAUGGAAGAACUUAAUGCUAAAAAGGAUAAGAUAAACAAUGAUGUAAAUGCACUAUAUAAUUUUGUGCACACAGAAAACUUAAAUGAUAUUAUUAAGACAACUGAGAUUUUUAUAAACGAAAAGAAAGAAAUUUCUCUGCAACCCCUGGAUGCACAAGAAGUGGAAAGAAGGCUAAAGGAAAUAAAAGAAACUUUUGCUAAGUUAGAUUUUGUCAGUGAUGACAAAUUAACAGAUGUAUACAACCAAAUGAGUAAAGAAUUAGAUAAUUCUGAAAAGAUAAAAAAAGAAAUAAUAGAAAAACAAACUGAAAACGUUAAUAAGAAAAUGAGCGAACUUUAUGAUAGUUUUACUAGGGGAUUCAAUACAUUGCAAAAAAGUAUGGAGCAAUAUAAUCAAGAAGAAGCUUCUAUAAAAACAUAUAAAGAAAAUAUAACUAAAAGAGAAGAAGAAUAUUUUAGUAAUGAAAAUAUAUUUGAAUCAAAUGAAGCAAAAAGUAAUGAAGAGUUGAACAAACAUAAACUGAAUUUUUCUAAACAGAAAGAUGAAAUAUCUGGUUCUAUUAGUAAUAUUAAAAAAAUUAUAAAUCAAAUUGAAAGUCAAUUGAACUAUUAUGAUGUUAUUCAGAAAUAUUUCAAUAUAAAUAGCAAUCAAAAUGAAGUUCAAAAAGUUAAAUCCAUGAAAGAAAAAAUUAUGAAUGAAAAUAUGAAAAACAAAAUAGAUCAAUAUGAAAGUAACUUCAAUGAUAAGACUAAUGCAAUGGAAAGCAUAAUAACAAAUAUUCAAACGUUAAAAAAAAAAAUAGAUUCAUUUAAACUUUUAAAUAGUAGUAUAAACAGUUGUAACGAAUGUGCUAUAGACAUUGUACAUUUAAGGAGUAAAAUAAAAAUGUUACGAGAACAGGUACAAAAGGAGAUUAGUGAAACGGGAAGCGAUAUAAUUGUAGGAGAAAAUACGACUACAUUACUUUUAAAAAAUUUGAACACUCAAAUGAUAAAUGUAGAGGAAAAAUUGAAUGAUAAUAAGUUAAAUGAUUUAGAAAAUAAAAAAACGGAUCUGCUGAAGUUUUAUUCAGAAUCGAAAAGUCAAAUUCAUUUAAGUACGGAUGAAAAGGUGCUACCAGAUUCGCUCAACAGAAUAGAUGAAUGGAAAGAAAUUAGAAAAGAAAUAAAUGAACUAAAUAUCACAUAUGAAAGUCUCAACAAAAGUAAUGUUACCCUAUUUAAAAAUAAUUCAAUUACUUAUAUAGAGUCAAUACACAACAGUAUAAAUAAUAUAGCUCAUAAAAUAACGAGCAACAAGAAUGAUAUUUUAAAAUCAAUAAAAGAAAUAGAAGAUAAAAUAAACACCAUUGAAAAUAAUGAAGAUUAUAAAAAGGUUAAAAAUUUAGAAAAUGAGAAAAAUAUAGGAGUUAUAAAAAAUUCCAUUAGUAGUAUCAAAGAAAUUGUCAGCAAAUACAUAAGUGAAAUGACACAAUUGAUGAGUACAUCAAAUAGUUUAGAAAACAGUGUUAAGAAAAAAGAUAAUGACAUUGAAUAUUUAAAUAACACAAAGAGUCAAAUGAGGGAUAUUUAUGAAAAAAUAAAAAAAAUAUCUGAAGAAUUAAAUGAAAAAACAGAGAAAGUAUUGGAGGAGACAAGGGGAAAGGUAAACCAUACGGAAUUAGAAUAUGAGAAGAGUGUUAUUGCGAACAUUGCAGAGCACAUUGCUGAAGAAAAAAACAAAGCUCAAAAGAUUAUAGAAGAAAUGAAUUCUGUAAAAACUAAAAUUGAGGCUAUAAUAAAUAAAACUAGUGACAAGACACAAAAUGAAUUAAUCAUAACAAACAUUAAAAAACAUAUAGAGAAUGCAAAACAGCAUGAGGAUCUAAUAAAAAAAAUUGAACAAAAAUCGAUUCAAUUAAGGGAAAAGGCGAAUGGUGUGACAGUAUUUGAUGUGAAAAGUAUAACGCAAGAGAUUAAAUUAAAUAUACAAAAUGCCAUAAAAGGCAAUGUUGAUAUAAAUAAGGAGCUAAAUGAAAUUAAAGGAAUUAGAGAAUUAUUAAUUUCAACUAGUUAUAAUAGUAUUUUAGAAUAUUUAAAAAAAAAUUCUGAUGAAUCUAUUCGUUUUAAUCGGCUGAUAAAUGAGGAAUUUACAAAAGUUGAAAAUCAUGAAAAAAAUGCAAAAAAGGUACUUGAGGAAGCGGAUGUAUUAAAGGAACAAAUUACCAAAGAUUUAUAUUACAGUGCCAUAGAUGAUAAGGUAAGAGGAAUUGAGGAAAAAGUAAGGGAAAUAAUAAAAAUAAAAGAAAAUGCAUAUAAGUUUUUAGAAGAUUCAGAAAAAUAUCUAAAAAUGUGUUCUUCACACCUUGAAAAUACAAAAGAAGGAAAGAAGAAAAUUGAGUAUUUAAAAAACAGUACAGGUAAAGAAAAUACGAAAAUAUCUGAAAAUCAAAUGAAAGAAGCAGAUGAUUACUCUAAUAAAACUGAAAACGCUUUAAAGGAAUCUCAUGAACAAGUAGACAAAGCUAAGGGUAUCUAUCAGUCUCUUUUGGAGCAUGUAACUAGAAUAGAAAACGUUUUAAAUGAAUCGCUAAUAAAAGAACUGAAAGUAAAGUGUGAAAAAAAAAAUGAUGAAGCGCAACAAAUAUUCAUUCAAAUUAAAACUGUAGAUGGAAAAAUUAAGGAGAACUUUGGUGAAAGUGAAAAAAAAGUAAAUGAAUUGAAAGAAAAAACUAAAAUUGAGAAAAGGGAAUUUCAACAGCUUAAUGAUUUAUCCUUGAAUUCGUCAUUAGAAAUAGAUAAUUGCAGACAGCAACUUGAUAACAUUUUAUCAAAUAUUGAAGGUGUAAAAAAGAACACACUUCACUCUUUUGAUAUAUCUGACAAAUCAAUGAAAUCAGUUUUAUCUAUUAGUGAAUUAAAUGCCGAAAAGUCCUUGGAUAAGUUAAAAGAGGUUAAAGAGAAUUAUGAUAAAAAUUUGGAAAUAGUUCAAAAUGAAAUUAAUCAGAUGCAUAAUGAAGAAGGAAAGAUGGCUGAAAUAAGUAAGAAAAUAAACGAUAUAGAAAAUGACUUACUAAAACAUAAAAAAGCAUAUGAGGAAGGGUUGUUGCAAAAAAUUAAGGAAAAUGCUGACAGCAGAAAGAGAAAAUUUGAUUUAAUAAGAAAUGAAAUAAAUUCCCUAGUUGAUCCAACUACAUCUAUUUUUAUUAAAUUAAAAAUAGAAGAAUACGAUAUGACCAACGCUUUAAAUAAUACUGGAAUUACAAUGAAUGGUAUUCAUGGAGAAUUUACUAAAUCUUAUAAUUUAAUAGAAACAUAUUUAUCUGAAAUUACCGAUUUUUCUGUAACAUUUGAUAAGGCCAAAACGUUAAGGGAAAAAGCAGAAACAGAAGAUAAAAAUCUUAGAAAAAAGGAGGAGGAAGCAAUAGAACUAUUGAAUCAUAUUAAAAAAACGGAAUCAUUAAAUCUAUUAAAUGAAAUGAUAAAAAAAUUGAAAUAUGAAGAUGAAAACAUGACAAAAGAUCAUGAGACUGCUACUCAGCAUAUUGAGGAUAUUAAGACAAUUAUAAAUGAACUGAAAACCUUGAAUGAUAUAAAUAGAGGUUCAAGUAUAUUAAACGAGGCUGUAAAUAUAGCUAAAAAAAUUAAAGAUUCUAAGCAUGAGGAUUAUAAAAGAAAGGCGAAAAAUAUGCAUGAACAAAUGAUAACUUUGACAAAUCAUUUUUUAAGCGAUGAGAUUAAGAUGACAUCAGGGAUAGAAUUUAAUAUGAAAAUAAAUUUUAAUUACAAAGCUGAAUUUGAAUCAGAUAUAAUUUCUAUAGUGAAAGAUUCGAAUGAAAUUUUAAGAAAAAUAGAACAAGCUUCAAAUGAUAUAAUGAAAAAACAGAGAGAAAGUGAAAAUCUUGUUAUGAAUGCAACUGACAUUUAUAAAUCAAUAAAACUAAAAAAUGAAUUUAAUGAAAGGUUUCGAGAAACGAAGAAUAAUGAAAUGGUUGUUUCACAAAAGAUAAGGAGUACCCUAAGUAGAUUAAAUAAAAUUGAAGAAAUAAAAUGUCAUUAUGAAAGUUUUGAUAAAUUAUUAGAUAAUACAGAGGAAUUUCAAAAAUUAAAAAAAAAUGUAGCUAUUUAUCAGGAUAAAAAGAGUAACCUGCCAAAGGAAUCACUAUUACAAAAUUUGGAAAAGGAAAUGAACAGAUAUAUUAGUUCUAUAAAAGAAUUAAAAGAAAAAGUAGUAUUAACUAAGGAAUCUAAAGAAGAUAUUUCAAAACUAGAAAUAUUCAAUUCUGAAAUUGAAAAUAUUAGUAAAGAAAUAAAUGUGAUAGACUCAAAGAUUAUGGAAAUGAAUCCAAUCAUUGAUGAAUUAUACCAAUUUGGAAAGCAUUGUCAAUCCCAUUGGAUUUCAUUAAUAAGCUACACAAUGAAUAAUAAAGCAGUAAAAAAAUUAAUGAUGAUUAAUAAACAAAAGAAAAACACUGAACAUUGUUUGGACUACAUUAAAAAGAAUUCCCAAUACACAGAACAUUAUGUCUCAGAGUUAAAAGAAUUCCAUGGUAAUAAACUUACUUUUACAGAGACAUCCAAGAAUGUUGAAAAUGCAGAUAAUUGUGCAACAAAUUUUGCUAAACAUACAAAAGAUGCACUAAAAUUAAUAAAUGAUUUAAAAAAUGAAUUAUAUAAUUUUAGCCCCAAUAGCGAUAUUAAUGUUGUAGAGGAAAGUGUGAAAAAUGUAAUAACACUUUAUGAUAAAUUGAAGGAGGAAAAAUUUGAAAUAGAUGAUCUUUACAGAAAUAUGGUUGAUACUAAAUUAAAAGAAAUAGAACGUAAUGGUGAUGUGUUUAACCCGGUAUUAGAACUACAUAAGAGUAUGGCUAAUGCUAAAAAGAAGUAUUUAAUGGAAAGAGAAAAACAGCUAAACGAUCUUUAUAGUAAACUACAGGAUAAUGAAGCUGACUUGAUAAAAAAUUAUCUUAAAUACACACCCGAAAGCGUAGAAAGUGUUAACAAAGUAUAUGCUGCUAUUGAAUCUGAAAUGAAAAUUUUGGAAGUAGAUGACCUUGAGAAUACGGAUGAUUACAAAAAUGUAGAAGAAUACAAGAAGCAAAUUUCCUUUUUAAUCAGUAGAACAGAUGUCCUAAUGAACGAUAUCGAAAUGCUGAGGAAAGAAAAUAAUUAUAAUUUAAUGGACGUAGAUACAGAAACGAUACUUAAAGUAACCAAUUAUAUAGAAACGAUUACAAAUAAAUUAAAAGGUUCAAAAAUGGAAUAUGAAAAGGUAUUGGAAAUUAUAAAAGAAAACGAGGUUAUAUUACCAACGAUUAAUCUUAAGAAGGUGAAUAUUAACAAACUUUUUGAAAAUAUACAGGAAAAAAAAAAAAACAUAUUAAAUGAUUUGUAUGAGCAGGAGAGAUUACUCAAAAUACAGGAAAAAUUACAGCAGAUCAAACAAAAUGUAACACAAACAAUGAAUAAUUAUGAAAUAGCUGAAAAAACAGAAAUGGUUUCUAAAAGUUUUGAAGAGAAAAAAGGUAAAAUACAAGAAUACAAUUCUAUUUAUAAAAUAGAAAGAGAAAUCAGUGAAAUAAAAAGGGAUAUUAAGCAAACGAAAGAUGAUGUUUUAAUUCUUAACGGUGUUUUAGGAGACAUUAAUUUGAAAAGGGAAGAAAUGAAUUCGUUUUUUAAGCAGAUGUCACAAUAUAGUAAUUCCAAUGUAUACAAAUCUGCAAAAGAGCAUAUUCAUGAGGCGGAUGAAAUAAUUGGUCAAUUAGAGGGCAAAAUUCAUGGAAUGAAUAAAUUAAUAAAUGAUUGUGAAGGUAUAUUAACAGAAUUGAAUAAUAGAAAAAACGAUAUAGAAAAAGAAAAGAAUGCUAGGACUUUGAGAGUUAAUGAAAGUUACAGAGAACAAGAGGAAGCAGAAAGAGUUCAUCAACAGGAAAUGAACAUGAAUAAUGUUGAAGAACAGAGAGAAAUAGUUCACCAUCCAGAACACACAACCGAAGAAAGGAAAGAAGAAGCUGAAUCGGAAUCUUUUGAAAAGGAAGGAUUCACAAAUGAUGGAACUGAAGAACAUACUAGUUUAAAAGAAGCAUCAGAAGAGGGGAAAAUUACGCUACCCACUGAACAAACAUCCUCGAGUGUUAGUGAGAUUUUCGAACAUGAUGUUGAUAGUAAUAGUAAUAAAUAUAAUAUGUCUACAACUGAAACAUCAAAGGAUAGUGAUGAGGGUAAGUCACAUUCAAGAGAUAGAAAAGAAAAUAUGAAUGAAAAUAUUAAUUUUAUUAAAGUCAAAUAUGCAUGUGCAUUUAUUUUAAUGUGUGUGAGUGUUGCUAUAGGAAAUUUUAUAGCAAAUAAAAAAGAUGAUGAAUCAGAUGAUACUGAUAUUGAAGGAAACAAUGAAAUACUUGAAUUUAGAAAGAGUUUCAAACCAGAAAAUAAGGAAGAAAUCAUUGAUAUAUCUUUUUCUGAUUAUAAUCAUUAA